UCCCUGGUAUUUUCCUGGCCCGGUCACACUAUCCGCAAGCGACGCUGGCCUGGCGCUGUUUUUCGAUUUCUGCUCUUUAUCUCCCAAUCGCCGUCGGCCAAGCGCUACAACUCCAGCUGAAACGAGGAAUUUGUGUUGUGAGUUUGUGUGAGACGACGACCGAGCAGCAGCUUUAGCAGCCUGAAAACGAGAUCAGUAGUCCGCACAGCCGCUGCAGAAACUAGUGCCAAGGAGACCAGUGACGCCGCAAAACAGCAAUAAAGCGGCCAGAGGACUAGAGCCGCACACAAACAACAACGAGCACUGCAUUUCAAAAUGGCGCCGGCAAAGGCAACGCGCGGGGUCAUGGCUGUCGGGCAGCCAGCCGCCGCCAAUCCACUCCUGGUCCCUGGGGCCGCCACCCGGCGGGGCCGGAGGGGCAUCGCCGCCAACAUAGACCCCAAUGCCGAGAACAUGCAGACGCGCGCCAAGCGCAAGGCCGAUCACAGCCCCAUCAAAAACGACAAAAUCAAGCGCUCGGCGCUGGGCAACCUCACCAAUAAUGUUAAGAUCAUGUCGCUGCAUCCCGGUAACGAUGAGGAGGCCUCUGGCUCUAUGGACAAAAAGCCGACGGCCCAGCAGCUGCAGGCGCUGAUGGAUGCCAAGAACCAGGACAAAAAACUAAUCUUGAACGUCUUCUCCGAUGCGGCGCCCAGCAAGGUGAUGACGCGCGCCUCCAGCAAGUCUGAUGAUGCGGUGGAGAACUGCCACAAGGUGCUCGACAAGAUCGAGGAGGCAUUGGCCAGGCCCAAGCCGCGCGUCAAGGCUGAGCCGCGCGUCAAGGCCGAGCCGGCCGCCAAAAAGACUGCUGUUUUGGAGGAAAUGCCGAUGCCAGCUGCUCCCCAGCCCAUUCCCGUGCUGUUUCCGCCCAAACAGAACCUGGCCGUACCACCGCCCGGCGCCAUCAAGCCGGUGCGCCGCAUAUCAAACGACUUCAAUAAGACUGAGGACAGCCUAUACAUGUCCGCCCUGGAGGAUGUCUCCAGCAGCGAUUCCAUGCGCCUGUCUGGCAACUUCGAGGCGGCGCGUCGUCGCUCCGCCAAGUUACAGCUAAAGACUGAGCAGCAGCCGCAGCCGCAGUUGCUGCCACUGCCGGAGAGUGCUCCCAGCCAGGUGGUGCCCAUUCAGCCGGUGCCCCAAGGCGUGGAGGAUUUCGACCGCAAGAACUGGGACGAUCCCUUCCAGGUGUCCCACUACGCCAUGGACAUCUUCAACUAUCUGAAGACUCGCGAGCCGGAGUUCCCCAUUGCCGACUACAUGCCCCGUCAGGUCAACCUCACCACCUGGAUGCGCACACUGCUGGUCGACUGGAUGGUGGAGGUGCAGGAGACGUUCGAGCUGAACCACGAGACUCUGUACCUGGCGGUCAAGAUCGUUGACCUGUAUCUGUGCCGCGAGGUGAUCAACAAGGAGAAGCUGCAGCUGCUGGGCGCCGCCGCCCUGUUCAUUGCCUGCAAGUACGACGAGCGCUCGCCGCCGCUGAUUGAGGACUUUCUGUACAUCUGCGACGGGGCCUACAAACACGACGAGCUGGUGCGCAUGGAGCGGGAGACGCUGCGCAUUAUCAAAUACGAUCUGGGUAUCCCGUUGUCGUACCGCUUCCUGCGCCGCUACGCCCGCUGCGCCAAGGUGCCGAUGCCCACGUUGACGUUGGCGCGCUAUAUCCUCGAGUUGUCGUUGAUGGACUACGCCACCAUUUCGUUCAGCGACUCGCAGAUGGCUUCCGCCGCCCUCUUUAUGGCGCUGCGCAUGCACGGCGGAGCUGGGCAGCUGGACAAGGAGACCUGGACCCCAACGCUUAUAUACUACACGGGAUAUCAGUUGGCAGAGUUUGCCGAAAUAAUUCCCGUGCUGAACGCCGGACUACAUCGCAAGCCACGGACCACAAUCAAGACGAUACGGAACAAGUACUCGCACAAGAUAUUCCACGAGGUGGCCAAGGUGCCGCUGCUGACCAACCAGGAGCUGUUCCAGAGCAACCUGGACAUGAACGAAAGCAAUCUGUCGUAGGACAGCCCUCAAGUUUAGCCAAAUUGAAAUUCAAAUCGAGCUGAAAAUGUUACGCUUCAGUUAGGCUCUAAGACGCUUCAGCCACCCGGCACCUGACCCGACCCCUGAUCCCCUCCCGCCCCACCAUGAAAAAGACGAAUACUGCGGACGCGACCGCCUCAAUCAAAAUCCUGACCCAAACCCACCAACCAAUCCCCGCCCCCCCAAGUCACCACAAUUUAUUAUAUCUUAUGUUUUGUGACCUUUGCAUAUUUUUGCAUAAAUAUUGUGUUAAGAGAUCCCCUUCCGUUUAUUUAACCAUGUAUUAUUGUUUAGUUUUCACGUAUACAUACAUACCCAGGCAUUGUAAAGCUAAGCAGGAGUGCUCCCCCUCAUCAUCGCCCACUCCCACCAUCUAACUAUUCAUCUCUAGCGAUCGGGCAAUUCAUGUUUUAAUAUGUACGCUAGUUUUAAGAGCUGCCAGCACUAAAUAAACCUAACGCCUAAGCACCAAAGCCGA